GGCGUUAGUGACUGCAGUCCUGUUCCUUCCGCGUGUUGGAAGUCAUCAGCUCUUUCGCUGUUGUUCACGAGCCACAGCAGCACGCAUUUUUUUUGGAUCCGGGAGAUCUGCGAUAGAUAGCAUCCACCUCACGAGCAAUGGCAGAGGGAGAUCAGACGGCGGUUGCUGCAAGCCCCGGAGGGAGUGCUGAGUCAGCUGGAGCAGCCACUGCUGCCCCAACGCAAGAGCCAGACAAUGGAGAUGCGCAGUUGUCCCCCAUGGAGCUGGAGCUCGAGAUGGUGACAACAGAACGUGAUGAUUACCGGCGCAAACUUGAAGCAGUUGAAGCAGAAUUAGCAGCUCUGACUGCAGCAUCUCCAAAUGUUGAUACCAUCAACAAGUUGCAGCAAGAUAAUGAUCAUCUACGAAAAACAUUAAAGAAAGCCACAGACAUGUUGAGAGAGAAAAUAACUUCAUGUAAUAUGCAAGAGAAAAAGAAUCAAGCUCUAACUCAACAAGUGUCUACACUAAAAGAUGUUCUACAAGUCACCAGAGAUUUACUCAACAUUCGAAAUAUGGAAGUAGAACAACUGCAAAAGAAUGUGGAUUCUAUGGAAUCCAGAAUUGAUGAUAAUCGGCGGCGUCAAACAGCAAUGAUAAAACAGAUGGAGCAGGCUACUAAGAUAAAUGGUGACUUAAGAAAUGAGUAUGAAACACAACUGAGACUCUUCCAAUCUCUCAAAGAGCGCUAUGAAGAAAAAGUAACAAAACUCACAAGUUUAGCAAUUCAGGGACAAAGACACAAUUCUGAAGGUAGCGAUCAUUUUGAAGAUGCGGCUGAUUCUGCUGACAGAACAGAAGUAGUAAAUACAACAGACAAAAAUUCAGCUGAAGCAGGAACUGUGGCUGAAACAUCUGAUUUUGCAGAAAAUUCAAACAUAUCAGCUAAAGAUGUGGGAAAAGUUGCAUCAGAAACAAACAAUCCAGAAAUUGAAACAACAAAUGCUUCAGAUAUAAUUGCCACAGAAAUAAAAAUUCCACAAACCAGCACUUCAGAAACAAUUGUUCCAGACAUUGCCACAACAGAUGGCCUCAAUACUCCAGAAAUCUCACAACUAGGCAAAUUGGAUGCACAAGAAACAUCUGCACCAAAAACAAGUGAUUCACAAUAACUUACACUCACAAGUGAUGAGAUUUAAUUUGAUAUUACAUACUACC